UGGAGCACCAUAUAAAUAGCUGCCUCAGACCUAAGGAUGCCACAAGAACAGUCUCCAGAACCUCUACUGUCAGCUAGCUGUGUUCUCUCUGCUAGGGAGUACACUGAACCUGACCAUUAGACCUCUCUAAGGCAGCUUGUGAUCUUUUCUCUGCACUGGCAUUUGCCACUAGCCUUUUGGAGCAUCUUUAGCAACCAUGAUCAUCACCAUAUCUUUAAUUUGGGCAGUGGUGAUUGGUUUUUGCUGCUGUCUGUGGCUUGCUCUGGGGAUCCGCAAGAGACAACCAGGUGAGCCUCCGGUGGAGAAUGGUUUGAUCCCGUACCUCGGCUGUGCCCUCCAGUUUGGAGCCAACCCCCUGGAGUUUCUCCGGAGCCGACAGAAGAAAUAUGGCCACAUCUUCACUUGCAAGAUCGCUGGAAAAUACUUUCACUUCCUGUGCGACCCUUUCUCCUACCAUGCCGUCAUCCGCCAAGGCAGGCAUCUGGACUGGAAGAAGUUCCACUUCUCUACCUCGGUCAAGGCGUUCGGCCAUGACAGCAUGGACCCCAGACACGGCUACACCACAGAGAACCUCCACCAGACUUUCUUGAAGACCCUGCAGGGCGAAGCCCUCCCCUCGCUCAUCGAGACCAUGAUGGAGAACCUACAGUCGGUCAUGCUGCAAUCCGACACCCUCAGCCCCAGCAAGGACCGCUGGGACGUGGACGGCAUCUUUGCCUUCUGCUACAAGGUCAUGUUCGAGUCAGGCUACCUGACGCUCUUCGGCAAAGAUCUGGGAAACAACAAGAAUGCUGCGCGCCAGGAGGCCCAGAAGGCGUUGGUGCUUAACGCUCUAGAGAACUUCAAGGAGUUUGACAAGAUCUUCCCAGCUCUGGUGGCCGGCUUGCCCAUCCACGUGUUCAAGAGCGCCCACUCUGCCAGGGAGAACCUGGCUAAGACCAUGCUGGCCGAGAACUUAAGCAAACGGCAGAACAUAUCAGACCUGAUCUCAUUGCGCAUGCUUCUAAACGACACGCUGUCCACCUUCAAUGACCUGAGCAAGGCCCGUACCCAUGUGGCACUGCUGUGGGCCUCGCAGGCCAACACACUGCCUGCUACUUUCUGGAGCCUGCUUUACAUGAUCAGGAGUCCAGAGGCUAUGAAGGCAGCCAAUGAGGAGGUGAAGAAGAUUCUGGAGAGUUCAGGUCAGCGUGUCGACCACAGCAAACCACAACUCACUCUCUCCCGGGAGGACCUGGACAACAUGCCUGUAAUAGACAGCAUCAUUAAGGAGGCCAUGCGUCUGUCAAGUGCGUCAAUGAACGUCCGAGUGGCUAAAGAGGACUUCCUGCUUCACCUUGACAACCAGGAGUCGUACCACAUCCGCAAGGAUGACGUCAUCGCCCUCUACCCCCAGAUGCUCCACUUUGACCCCGAAAUUUACGACGACCCCUUGACCUACAAAUACGACAGAUAUCUGGAUGACUGUGGCCAAGAGAAGACGACAUUCUACAGGGAGGGGCGCAAACUGCGGUACUACUACAUGCCUUUCGGCUCUGGGGUGACCAAGUGCCCCGGGCGCUUCUUCGCAGUGCACGAGAUCAAGCAGUUCCUAGCGCUGGUGCUCUCCUACUUCGACAUGGAGCUCCUAGACUCAGCCGUUAAAGUGCCUCCUCUCGACCAGUCACGUGCAGGUCUGGGGAUCCUGCAGCCCACCUAUGAUAUUGACUUUAGAUAUAAACUGAAAACUCAGUAAGACAGACUCCACUGAUCUACUUUCUCCAUAAUGUGAAUUGUAAAUAUUGUAUAUUUAAGAAUUUAAGCCACAAUGAUCCCACUGGGCACACACUGGUUGAAUCAACAUUGUUUCCACAUCAUUUCAAUGAAAUUACGUGGAACCAAUGUGGAAUAGAUGUUGAAUUGACGUCCGUACUCAGUGGGAUUUAAAUACGCUGCGAUGUAUUGUUAUAAUGUAUUUUUUAAGUUGAUACAGAGUGGUUUUUGCUAGCCUCAGUAAGGUAGUAUUGGCGAAAAGGCCAUUUUAGGAAGAGUCCCGUUUCAAAAGUGACUUUGAUGGAACUCCAUAUAAAUGUUAUCAGUAAUAUUUACUGAAUCUUCCACGUAAGCAUCAUUACUGUAUCACUAUUGCCGACCGCAAUCUUUGAACUGUGAAAUCACUCAACAUUUCAGUUGUGCUUCUGUUUGUGACCUUCACAAUCAGUAGUUGGUAAUUGCCCCCCAUUUACUGUGCUGUUGAAUGACUCUAACUGCUCUGAUUGAGUAGUGUAAUGUACAUUCUAGUUCCGUUGAAGUAUUCCCUAUGCUGGGGUAAAAUGAUUUUAUUAUCUGUAUUAAUAUUUACUGUGAUAUACCGUACAAAACAAGUAUAAAAAUGCAUGUGAUGUUUACUUUACAAAACCAGUAUAAAUGCAAUACAUUUCUA